GACAUUGGCGGAAUUGUGUAAAUGCAAAUAGGCCAUGAAUUAAAAAAGAAGAAGAAGAAGAGAGCCGGUAGUUGUUGAUAAUAGUUUAGUUUUGUCGAAAAAUCGUGCGUUUCAUCAGAAAAUGAGAUACAUCAAAACAACUUUACAAAUAAUCUUCUUGCUCAAUGUAUGUUUAGCGACACUUUCUCCACCGUCUGACAAAAAGGGCCAGAAAGGUGUAAAGGCCCAAGAUGGACCACGAAAGAAUAAUGUUUUAGAUCGUAAAUUAGUUAACGAGACUCCACUUGCAAAAGAUAUUAUCAAAUAUCACGCCACGUAUCACCAAGAUGUAGCUACAAGAAAUUUUAAGAAUUCUGUUUUAGGCUAUGUAACUCCUUGGAACAAUAAGGGCUAUGAUGUGGCUAAAACUUGGGCACCAAAGUUUAAUUAUAUAUCUCCAGUGUGGCUGCAGGUGAAACGUCAAUCACCAAAUAUUUAUAUAAUAUCAGGGCUGCAUGAUGUAGACCAUGCAUGGAUGAAAUCUGUAAGACAGAAAGGUGCAUCAAAUAAUCUAAGAAUUUUACCAAGAAUCUUGUUUGAAAAUUGGCAACCUUCAGAUCUCAAAUCAUUUUUCAUGGAGCCCACGGCUCAUACUGAGCAAAAAGCUCUUAUUGAUGAGAUCAAGAAGACUUGCAAGCAGUGGAAGUUUGAUGGAGUAGUUCUUGAGAUACUCUCUCAAAUUGGGAAAUAUGUUGAUAAAUCAGUGAAGUUUAUACAGCAAUUUGGUUUGGAAAUGAAUGAGGAUGACUUGAAGUUAAUUCUGGUUUACCCACCAUUUCGAGGCUAUCCCACUGAUGAAUUCUUCAUUCAAGCCUUCAAUGAUAUCUAUCCUUAUGUAGAAGCUGUAUCAGUUAUGACAUAUGACUUUUCGAAUCCACAAAAACCAGGGCCAAAUGCCCCAUUAUAUUGGAUGAGACUUUGUGUGGAGAAACUUGUCGAUAACGAAGAGAAUCCAUCAAAGAGGUCAAAAAUAUUACUUGGUCUUAAUUUCUAUGGAAAUUCAUAUACUGCCAAUGGUGGCGGGCCAAUUGUUGGCACAGAGUAUAUUGAGCUCCUGAAAAAUGCAAAGAACAAUCAGGCUCUAUCCUACAAUAACAACACUGCUGAGAAUUAUAUAGAAAUUCGGACAUCACAGGGAGCUAAGAAGAUAUUCUAUCCAACAUUGUAUUCCAUUCAGAGGCGUCUGGAUCUAGCACGUGAGUUUGGAACUGGUAUUGCUAUAUGGGAGUUAGGACAGGGACUGGAUUAUUUUUACGAUUUACUUUGAUCAUUUGUGAUAUUAAUAUUAGUAAGGCAAUAAAUUGUGAUGGUAUUUAAAAACUAGUCACCCUUAUUUAUUUAUGAAAUAAAAACAUUUCUAUUCCUGAAUAAAAUUGAUU